CAAAGGCUAACACCGGCCUCCCCGGUUUCCGCCACCGCCUCCCUCUCCGCCGCCACCACUGGCAAGGACGGCGGCGGCGAGGACCGCAUCAGCGCUCUUCCAAGCGACCUCCUUUGCAACGUCGUCUCUCGCCUCCCCGUCAAGGAUGCUGCCCGCACCGGCGCGCUCUCCCAGCGCUGGCGGGGCCUCUGGCGCGCCGCCCCGCUCGUCCUCGACGACGCCCACCUCCUCCCGGACGCCGCCGCGGCGUCCCGCGUCCUCGCCUCCCACCCGGGCCCCUGCCGCUCCGUCCGGCUCGUCAACAACCUCAUCGACGAGUCCAACAAGGACGCGCUCCUCGCCGAGUGGCUCCGCCUCCUCGCCGACAAAGGCGUGGAGGAUCUCAUCCUCGCCAACGACCCUUGCUCCCGUGGAGCGAUGCCCGUGCAGCUACCGCCGUCCCUCCUCAGCUGUGGCGCCUCGCUCCGCCGCCUCUACCUCGGCGUCUGGCUCUUCCCUUUCACCAUCGACCUCCGGCGCGGCCCCGGCGUCUUCCCCCACCUCCAGGAGCUUGGCAUCUGUCACGGCAUCACCCAGGAGCGUGACCUCCAGUACAUGCUCGCUUGCAGCCCCAAGCUGGAGAUCUUGGCGCUCAUCGGCACCUUCUGCCUCCCCGACCGCGUCCGCGUCCGCCACCAAAGCCUCCGUUGCGUGGUGCUCUGGCAUUCUCUGGUGGACGAGGUCGGCGCCAUGGCCGCCCCGCAGCUGCAGCGGCUCAUCAUCUACUGCACCAACUCCACUGGGCCUGGAAUCGGAAGGACCAUCAAGGUCAAGAUAGGCCGUGCUCCUCAGCUCGCCGUGCUCGGCUACUUGGACACGGCCAAGCACGUGCUUGAGAUCGGCAACACCAUCAUCAAGGCUGGGGUGACAAAGGUUUGCCCAAGUACAGUGGUUCCAAGCGUCAAGGUGUUAACUCUUAAGGUGCGAUUCAGAGUCGCUGCUGAAGUGAAAACUUUGCUGGGCUUCUUGAGAUGCUUCCCUGAAGUAGAGACCUUGCACAUUAUGGCUUCCGACAAUGACACCGACUACUACGAGGACCAUGGCCAAGUCAAGGUAAGGGACAGGCUCAGUUCCACCUUCUGGCAGCGGGUCGGUCCGAUCGGAUGCAUGGAGUCGCGUGUCAAGAGGGUGGUGUUCGAUCAGUUCACCGGGUGGACAAACGAGGUUGGGUUCCUGAAGCUGGUCCUUGGGAGAGCUGUGCUGCUGCAGAAGGUGACAGUCGUGCUGGCCCGUCCGGAUUCUGCGGCGAUGAGUGAGGCCAUGCGCAAACUGCAGCCGUUGGCUUCCAAGAGAAUGUGGGCCACUAAGGUUGUGGACAAUCUUUCCUUUGAAGUCUGUGGGCGCGUGGCAGGUCAUUUGUGUUGGUACAAAGAAGCAUCUGAUCUUUCUAUCAGUGACCCGUUCAUUUCUAUGUUAGGGCUGCACUGAUGGAGCAUUUCUUAGAAGCUAGAGCAUCGCCGUUUGGCUGUUUGAGUGACUUAUUUCUAUGUUAAGGCGGUACUGAUGGAGCGUUCAUUGGCGUUAUCGUUUAAAUGACUCGUAUCUCUGUAUGAAUGUUAGUGAUGCAUCGUUCAGUUAGCAGCCCUUUUUUGGGUGUUGGAGAUUUAGGGUGCAAAAGACUUUCAUAUCUUGGAUAUGCAGUUACUGUGGCUGGUCCUUAACGUUGCUAUCUGAACGAUAAAUAUUGUGUCUGCACUCGAGGUGAUUUCCACAUGUUGGUAUAUGCACUCAAUGUAAUUUUCAUGGCCUGACUCUGCUAAUGUUGCAAUUUGGCAAGAUUUAUACUCAGUUUCAAUGCUCAACGCGCUGGUUUGUCGUAAGUUGUGGAACAGCUCCUGAGAAUUGCUCAAAGUUUCAGACUCCCUAUAAGGGAUAGAAACUUUGAUAAUCCUUCUACGCCCCUUCAUGCACUCUCGUUACAUUUUCAGUUAAAAUGGAUCAGAACUGACCAUCUUAUCACUAAUUCACCGUCCUUAGGUCCACCUGUAAUGCACUUAUUAAUUAUAAUUCAGCGAACAAAAAUUGAACAGAAAGCCCCCUGUUCUCCAUGCCAAAUUUUGAAGCUAAAUGUUCAGAAGCAUGAAUCAAUCAAAACAAUGAUCCAAAUGGUCUGAAACUUUCCCAUCUUACUCAUAUAUAUGUAUUCUUCAAUUUCUGGGUACUUUUCAAAAAUUUCUGAAACUGCGAAAUUUCUGUCAAAAUACAGUCAAAUUUUGAAGACAACAUUUGGGCAUCAUUUUGACCAUACUAGGACUCGGAUCAACCAACAUACAACACACGGAGAAUGAGCCUUCAGAGCGCCUCUUACCUACUGCCCUACUGAUUGAACAUUGGCUUCAACAGAAAAAAAUAACAGCAAAUAUGUUGCUUUUAUGUGUUUCUCAUCGUGAAUUCCAGUGUAGGUUGGAAUACAUAG